AUGUCCGACCCAGCCACCAGCCCGGCCACCCCGCCGGACGCAAAGAUCGACCACGCGGCCUCCCUCCGCUACUGGAACAGCGUGCCCGCCAACGCGAACGUGAUGCUCGGCAUGCUCGGCCAAUACCCGUGGUACACGCGGAUCGACCUGCGCGGGUCGAAGACUUUUUUGAAUAAAGUCCGCCGCAUGAUCCCCGACUCCCCGACGGAGGGCAAACUGGCGCGCGGGGUCGACUGCGGCGCGGGCGUCGGCCGCGUCACCGAGGGCCUCCUUGCCCACGUCUGCACCACCGUCGACGCCGUCGAGCCCGUCGACAAGUUCAUGCAGAUCAUCCGCGACUCGGCGCUCAAGCGCGACGGCGUCGUCGGCGACAUCUACACCCUUGGCCUGGAGGACUGGCACCCCGACAAGCGGUACGAUCUCAUCUGGACGCAGUUCUGCGUGGGCCACCUCACGGAUAAGCAGCUGGCGGAGUACUUUGUUCGGUGUCGCGAGGCGCUGACGGAGACGGGCGUGCUGGUCGUCAAGGAGAAUCAGUCGACGGAUCCCCGCGGCGAGGAUAUGUUUGAUGAGGAGGAUAGUAGCGUGACGCGCACGGAUGAGAAGUUCCGGGCGCUGUUCAAGGAGAGUGGGCUCGUGGUGGUGGCGUCCGAGUUGCAGUUGGGGUUUCCGAGGAAUUUUCGCCUGUUGCCGGUCAGGUUCUAUGCGUUGAGGCCUGUUUGA